CCAGGUCCAAACAACACCCUAAGCGUGAUAAUGGGGGGCUGGGGGUGUGAGCCUGUCCUAUUAAACAAGUCUCGGUCCCCGGGUUUCCUCGAAGAUGAAAAUAGCUUAUUAUCAAUAUUUCCUUCAUCCUUUACUCCUCCGUUCGUUGGGAGAAAGAUCCGGACUCUUCCGCAUCUUUAUUGAACACGGAAAAGCCUAUAUUCUAGUCCCCGCACAAGUGUCCCUGCGAACGUUUCAUCCUAUUAUUUUCUUUUAUCUUACCUGCUAGGAUGAGUGGUACUGCUUCCCAGGAAGUUCCCUCUAAUCGCGAAGAGUGGGAAUUUUUUGUCAAGGAAAGAAAACUCGAGGGGAAAACCAUCCACGGAGCUGAGCUGGCUUCUGGGUCAAAGAUUGGUUAUGAUCAAUACUUGCUCCUUCGUAUUAUAUGGGUGGAACACCUCGUGGACGUGUCAUUCCCGGAAAGAAUCAGCAAGUUGCUUCCAAAGGCAGCUGAAAUGCUGGCGCAAUUUCCAUCGUGGAAGACAUACUGUGACAGUUUUAGUAAAAAGGAAAACCCUGAAGGGAGCUUUGCGGUGGCUCGCCACUAUCAGCAGAUGGCAGCAAACAGCAGAGGAAAUAUCAGACCCAAUAGCUUUGAAACCCCGAUUGCACUGCGCACCCGCAGCAAACGCAAUAACAAAGUGCCGGAUAUAUCUAAACUACAACUAAAUCCAUCCAAGACCCCACAAAAGAAGCAAACCAAGCCACCGGAGACACCAGUCAUAUCAUCCUCUGAUGAUGACUUGAUUGCAGAUGAUGAGGAGUCUUUUCCCCAGCCCUUACCUAUUACUCCAGCCGCCCAGGCCCCUGAAGAGCUCCAAAGCCUGAUGUACCCACCGACAAAAGAUGAGCAAAUUGUGAACACCGCACUUGUGAUAUUUUUGAAUGUGCUUACCAUUUACUUCGAUAAUUGCAAGACUUGUAACUGGACUCUUUACCGGAAAAGGUUUAUUGCUAACUUUACCAAGGCUAGUUUCGAAGCUCGGAUAGAUGGUUAUCUGGAUGAUGGCCAAGAGAAUGCUUAUGCUCUCAUUGAAGUGAAGCCUAUUACCCGAGGAAAGAAAUGAAAUCUUAUCCAGAUGUAGGAGGGCGCCCAAAUGGUUGGAUGGCUUAUGAAUGACUCUGAGAAUAACGACCUUAAUAAAAUACGAAUCCAUGUUUCACAGGAUCGGCACGAGAUAUUUUUAUCAUUUGCUGAAUAUGAUGAUAAGUAUCUUUCGUAUCUCAAGAA